GUGUUUUUUACCAUGUACACAAACUUUAUAGACACCCUUUAGAACUCUAGUAGCGGAGUUAAACUCCACCCACAUUCUGACGGAACCUGGUCACAUCAGGAAGUGUGGCCUGUGAAACCAGUUUAUAAUGUGACCAAACAUUUUGAAGGCAGGCAUGCAGACAACACAAGGCGAAAGAAAACAAGAUAUUUAGCCCCAAGUGAAUGUGAAACAAACACGUUCAAGAACCGUUUUCCUUUUCCUCUAGAACAACAUGGAGGAAGCAUCUCUUUUGGAGGCCAUCACCACUUUCUGCUGGACAGUCAACCAGACUGCCAUGAGAGCGCAGAGCAACAAGGAGCGCUGCCAGUCUUUGGGCCAGAGGGUCAGGUCCCUUGAGGCAGUGGUCCUCGCCAUGAAAGAACAAGGCCAUUGUCACAUGACGUCUGUGGUGAUACACUAUCUGAACGAGCUCCUUGACGCGCUGACUGCUGCGGAAUACCUCAUGCGGAAGUAUUCUAAAAGCAACGUAUUGAUGGACUUCCUGAAAUCCUCCUCCAACGAAGAGAAGUUCCGCAAAAUUGAUCAGAAGAUGAGGACCAACUUAGAACUUCUUUGUGCCGCCAUGCAUUUGGAACUGGGGGACACGAACCACAUUUACAGGACAAUAGAUGAAGGGACUCACGCCAGCGGGACUGCAGCCCAACCAUCAUCCACUGCCGCCUCCUCGGCCCUCCACAGAAUUCCUGCCAGGACUGUGGCCACUCCUUUCACCCGUCCUCCCGCAGCCAUUCCCCUCACCACUCCUCCUCCCGCAGCUAUUCCCCUCACCACUCCUCCUCCUGCAGCAAUUCCCAUCUACAGUCCAGUCCCCCAGUUCAUGCCAAUGCCAACAGUGGUGCACCCAAUGAUGCCGAUGGUUUCGCCCGGAACUGUCUCGUACAUCUCCUCUGGUAACCCCUUACUCGCCCCAGCAUCAAGCGCCUCCAUCUAUGUCCCCUCUGCUCACAAUUAUUUUGGUCCCACCGUUACCCCCCUGCAGAUCCCGUGCACAGGUGUUACCCAAACAUGGACUGUGCCGCUUUCACCCCAAAAUACUGUGGUUACAACUCCCAUCAACUAUGUAUUUCGCUGAAACAACAGAACACCUGUAUCAUAUAGACAGGUCCACGUUCAAUACUUAGGCUAAUGGUUUCAAUGUUGUUAUAUGUACGAUCUGUAAGUGUCUAGAAAAAUGGGUCGUAAAUGGGAUGCCGGUCUAGUGAUCUGAUUUUGCUGGGGUUGUGAUGAUUCAUUCAGUUGCACUGCGGCACAAUUGGUCAUGUGACCAACUCCGGUAAAAAUGUCUGGAAAACUAGACUUUGUGAAUAUAUACAAAUAAAUCAAUGAAAUAAAUCAACAGUCUCGCGUGUCAAAAUGUAGAUGAGCAAUGUUGAAAAUGUUCUCAGUCAUCCGAUAAUGGGCGGAAGAUUCAAGAAUUACGCGAACAGAACAAUAAUAAAUGGGGAGAAUGGAAGGAAAUGAGCGUCAAUGCAGAGUUAUACUCCACCCAGUGCCUUUCUAGUCAUUGAUUUGUCCUUGGCGGAGUUUGCAGUCCUGACUUCUGCAGAAUUGAAGGAAAGGUUUCACUAGAGCUGCACCAUGAACCAACCUCAAUAAUAAUCUCGGACAACCUUGAUCAGCCAUCGCCUCUUUCUCGAUUAGGUGUUUGUUUUGUA